CCUCGUUUAAAUAAACCGGCUGGAGCCGGUAAGAAGCUGCUUAAACAUUGAAACGUUGAACUAAAUCGGUUGAAGCCGGUAAUUUACUGCCCGAACAAACCGGUAAGUCGUGACGGUUAACGGUAACAUUUCUUUUCUCCUUGGAAUGGCAGUCAAAUGUUCGUUUGAGCGAUGAAUCAUCGUGUUGUUGAAGCCAUGAAGGACUUCUUCACUGGCCAGGGUUGCUUGGGUCCAAGUUUUUACCCAGAAGUGCCUGAUGGUGGCUGGGGCUGGGCUGUGGCCAUGGCCUUCUUUGUGGUGGAGAUCUGCACCUAUGGAACCCUCAAGAGCCUGGGCGUCUUUCUCCAGGAUCUGAUGGAGGAGUUUGGGGAGAGUAACAGCCGGGUGUCGUGGGUCAUCUCCAUCUGUGUCUUCAUUUUCACCUUCACUGCUCCCCUGUCCGCCGUGCUGAGCAACCGCUUCGGCCAUCGUCUGGUGGUGAUGGUGGGGGGCUUCCUCAUCAGUCUGGGCACCAUCAGCUCUGCCUUCGCCAAUUCCAUCAAUGAGAUGUACGUCACCAUGGGUGUGGUCUCAGGCCUUGGCCACUCCCUCGCCUUCCUGCCCACCCUCACCCUUCUGGCCCAGUACUUCUCCCGGCGGCGAGCCCUCGUCACCUCGGCUGCUUCCUCCGGAGAAUCUUUCGCCAUGUUUGCAUUUGCUCCAGUCUUGACCCGACUGAAGGAUCACAUGGGUUGGCGCUGCUGCCUCCUUCUCCUUGGGAUUCUUCAAAGCGCCGUUCUGGCUUGCGGUCUUCUUCUUCGGCCAAUCGUCAUACAGCCUCCGCCGGACAAGGAGGAUGGUAUAGCGGAGGCCUCGGUCUCUCUGAAAGAACUGCAGGCUGCCUAUGAGCUGGAGAACGAACAGACCAAAACCUCCAUCAGUUCUCAAGUGUCUGCCGGCUCAGAGGACUCGGGCAUCACUUCACUCUCGUCCUCCAACGUUGAGUUGAGGGUGGUAGGAGUUGAAGCCCAGCUGGACGGGGCUAUGCGGGACAAAGAGGACCAGGAAGCGUCCUGGGACACACCUCUCCAACCUGAGGCUGAGCCAGAACUUGCGGGUCCUUCUGGACCCCCCAGACCCAAACUUGUGGACUUGUCUGUCCUGAAGGAUGGUGCCUUCAUCUGCUACUCGCUCUUUGGUUUGUUGGCCACUCUGGGCUUCUUCGCCCCGCAGCUCUACAUUAUCCAACUGAGCAAGAGUCGCGGCGUGGACUCCAGCACGGCGUCCUGCAUGCUGUCCGUCAUGGCGGUUGCAGACAUCUUUGGUCGCCUGUCCAUCGGGCCGGUGCUGAGCAAAGCGCGCUGCAGAAAGACCCUGGUCUUGUUGUGGUGUGUGAUGUCCCUGUGCCUGGUUCUAGUGGCCUUUACCCUGGUUUGGGACUUUUGGGGCCUGGCGGUCUGCUGUGCUCUCUAUGGCUACUUCCUGGGCACCGUGGGCUCCACGCACAUCCCCAUGCUGGCAGAGGAGGACGUGGUGGGCGUGGAGAAGAUGGCGUCCUCUGUGGGCGUCUACGUCUUCAUCCAGAGCUUCGCUGGGCUUGCUGGACCGCCACUUGGAGGCGCGCUGGUGGACCUCAGCAACGACUAUGGCGCCGCCUUCUACUCAUGCGCUGUCGGCAUGGGACUCGCCGCCGUCUGCCUGGCUCUGCUUGGACCCGUCAAGUCUGGCAGGUGUCCCAUGCGUGCAUGUGGACCGGAGGAGGACCUGGACUCCCAGGUGGAGUCUGUCAGAUGUCCCACACGUACAUGUGGACCGGAGGAGGACCUGGACUCCCAGGACAGCGGGCAGCCCGACUUUUUGGAGGUGGAUUUGGCAGUGGAGGACACGCCCGUGAAGAAAAAUCCUUGUGUGGCAUGAAGACAACAAAGGGUUGUGAAGAAAAGUCCUUGUGUUGCAAGAAGUCAAAAAAAGAAUGUGAAGAGGGAGUUCUUGUGUGGCAUGAAGACAACAAAAUAUGUGAAGAAGAGUUUUUGUGUGGCAUGAAGACAACAAAAGAUGGGAAGAAGGGUCCUUAUGUGGCAUGAGGACAACACAAGGAAGUGAAGAAGAGUCCUUGUGUGACAUGAAGACAACAAAAGUAUGCGAAGAAGAGUCCUUGUGUGGCAUGAAGACAACACAAAGAAGUGAAGAAGAGUGUUUGUGUGACAUGAAGACAACAAAAGUAUGCGAAGAAGAGUCCUUGUGUGGAAUGAAGACAAAAGAUGUGAAGAACAGUCCUUGAGUGGCAUUAAAACAACCGCAGAUGUGAAGAAGAGUUCUUGUGUGACAUGAAGACAACAAAAGAUGUGAAGAAGAGUUCUUGUGUGGCAUGAAGACAACAAAAGGAUGUGAAGAAGAGUCCUUGUGUGACAUGAAGACAAAAGAUGUGAAGAAGGGUUCUUGUGUGAUAUGAAGACAACAAAAGGAUGUGAAGAAGAGUCCUUGUGUGGCAUGAAGACAACAAAAGGAUGUGAAGAAGGGUCCUUGUGUGGCACAAAGACAACAAAAUGGUGUGAAGAAGAGUUAUUGUGUGACAUGAAGACAACAAAAGUAUGUGAAGAAGAGUUAUUGUGUAGCCAAAAGACGUGAAGAAGGGUCCUUGUGUGGCAUAAAGACAAUGAGUCCUUGUGUGGCAUGAAGACAACACAAGGAUGUGAAGAAGAGUCCUUGUGUGACAUGAAGACAACAAAAGUAUGUGAAGAAGAGUCCUUGUGUAGCAUGACGAUAACAAAAGGAUGUGAAGAAAAGUUCUUGUGUGACAUGAACACAACAAAAGGAUGUAAAGAAGAGUCCUUGUGUGACAUGAAGACAACAAAAUAUGUGAAAAAGAGUUCUUGUGCGGCAUGAAGACAACAAAAGACGUGAAGAAGGGUCCUUGUGUGGCAUAAAGACAAUGAGUCCUUGUGUGGAAUGAAGACAACACAAGGAUGUGAAGAAGAGUCCUUGUGUGACAUGAAGACAACAAAAGUAUGUGAAGAAGAGUCCUUGUGUAGCAUGACGACAACAAAAGGAUGUGAAGAAAAGUUCUUGUGUGACAUGAACACAACAAAAGGAUGUAAAGAAGAGUCCUUGUGUGACAUGAACACAACAAGAGAUGUAAAGAAGAGUUCUUGUGUGGCAUGAAGACAACAAAAUAUGUGAAAAAGAGUUCUUGUGUGGCAUGGAGACAACAAAAGUAUGCGAUGAAGAGUCCUUGUGUGGCAUGAAGACAACAAAAUACUGUAAUUGUUGAGCUUUAUUCCAGAGUCUGACAAGCUACUCAAGGACACCAAAGAACAUCAUCUUUACAUGCCUUGUCACUCAUGACACACCAUCAGCACCUCUCAGGAAACAUUACAACUACACACACUCACACACUUCAUCUUCAUCACCAUCACCGCUCAACAUGCAAACAUAGACAAUGAACAUUAUUACUAACACACAAGAAACAAACACACACAAAACAAAAAAACACACAAGAAACACACACACAACUAACAAACAUACACAAGAAACAAACACACAACUAACACAAACACACAAGAAAUAAACACACACAACAAACGAGUGCACAAACCAGCCUUAAACAUUAGCAUGAAGAAACAAAGUAUAUACAGUAUAUGAAAAUAUUGAUAUGAAAAUAUUCAUAUGACAAUACUUAUAUAAAAAUAUUCAUAUGAAAAUGUUUACAUAAAUAUAUUAAAAUUAAAAAUUUAUAUAAAUAUAUUCAUAUAAAAAUAUGUAUACACAAAUAUUCAUAUAAAGAUAUUGAUGUACAAAUAGCUAUAUAAAAAUAUUCAUAUUCAUAUAACAAUAUUCCUCCAAUCUAUGCAGACAAAAUAAUUGUCAUAUUCAUAAUCAAUUCUUGUCCUUAUUGAGUCACAUGACCUUUCUUCUAGAAGCCUGAUAAACUUGAUGUUGAAAAGAUGACGUGUAGAAAUAUUCUAUUGUUUUACUGCAAUAUUAUAUUGUCUUACUGCAAUAUUAUAUUAUUUUACUGCAAUACAAUCAUGUCAACAUUUACACUUUUGUAACAUGUUGAUUACACAGCUAUAACUACACACAUGUCUACUUCUAUAACUACACACAUACUGAUAUAACUACACAAAUGUUGUACUUAUAUAACUACACACAUGUUGUAUACGUCUAUAACUACAUACAUGUUGUACUUCUGUAACAACACGCAUGUUGUACUUUUAUAACUACACACAUGCUGUACUUCUAUAACUACACACAUGUUGUACUUCUAUAAUUACACACAUGUUGUACUUCUAUAACCAUACACAUGUUGUACUUCUAUAACCACACACAUGUACUUCUAUAACUACACACAUGUACUUUUAUAACUACACACAUCCUGUACUUCUAUAACUACACACACAUAGUUCUAUAACUACACAUAUUCUACUUUUAUAACUACAUACAUGUUUUACUUCUAUAACUACACACAGGUACUUCUAUAAUUACACAUAUGUUGUAUACUUCUAUAACUACACACUUGUACUUAUGUAACUACACACAUGUUGUACUCCUAUAACUACACACAUGUAUACUUCUAUAACUACACACGUGUAGUUCUAUAACUACACACAUGUUGUAUCUUCUAAAACUACACACAUGUUGUAUACUUGUAUAACUACACACAUGUACUUAUAUACCUACACACAUGUACUUAUAUAACUAUACACAUGUUGUAUACUUUUAUAACUACACACAUGUACUUAUAUACUUAUACACAUGUACUUCUAUAACUAUACACAUGUAUACUUCUAUAACUAUAAACCUGUUGUAUACUUCUAACAGGUGUAUAGUUAUAGAAGUGCACACAUGUACUUAUAUAACUAUACACAUGUGGUACUUACAUAACUGCUCGCAUGUUGUACUUCUACAACUACACACGUGUUGUACAUCUACAAAAGCUAAAGGCAGUGAGGUUGUCACGUUGUGUAAAUGGUAAAUAAAAAGAGAAUAGAAUGAUUUGCAAAUCCUUAAAUACAACAUAUUUCAUGUUCACACUUAGAAACGUUGUUAUUUUUUGCAAAUAUUAGUUCCUUUGCAAUUUGAUGCCUGUGAGAAACUUGAGGAAUGCUCAUCAAAGACUUAUUUGGAACAUCCCACAGGUGAACAGGCUAAUUGGGUACCGGUAGGUGCCAUGAUUGGGUAUAAAAGCAGCUUCCACGAAAUGCUCAGUCAUUCCACAAAGGACGGGCAAGGGUCACCACUUAGUCAACAAAUGCCUGAGCAAAUUGUUUAAGAACAACAUUUCUCAACCAGCUAUUACAAGGAAUUUGGGGAUUUCACCAUCUACACUCCAUAAAAUGAUCAAAAGAUUCAGAGAAUCUGUAGAAAUUACUGCACGUAAGCCAUGAUAUUACGGACUUUGGAUCCCUCAGGCGGUACUGCAUCAAAAAGCCACAUCAGUGUGUAAAGGAUAUCACCACAUGGGUUUAGGAUCACUUCAGAAAACCACUGUCUGUAACCACAGUUUGUCGCUAAAUCUGUAAGUGAAGUUAAAACUCUACAAUGCAAAGCCAAAGCCAUUUAUCAACAACACCCCGAAACGCCGCCGCUUCGCUGGGCCAUAGCUCAUCUAAGAUGGACUGAUGCAAAGUGGAUAAGUGUUCUGUGGUCUAACGAGUCCACAUUUUAAAUAGUUUAUGAAAACUGUGGACCAAAGAGGAAAAGAACCAUCUGGACUGUUCUAGGGUCAAAGUGUAAAAGGCAGCAUCUGUGAUGCUAUGGGGGUGUAUUAGUCCCCAAGGUCUGUGAAGGCACCAUUAAUGCUGAAAGGUACAUACAGCUUUUGGACCAACAUAUGUUGCCAUCGUUAUCAUGGACGCCCCUGCUUAUUUCAGCAAGACAAUUCCAAGCCACGUGUUACAACAGCAUGGCUUUAUAGUAAAAGAGUGCAGGUAUUAGACUGGCCUGCCAGUAGUUCAGACAUUGAAAAUGUGUGGUGCAAUAUGAAGGCUAAAAUAUCAGAAGGGAGACUGUUGAACAACUUAAGCUGUACAUCAAGCAAGAAUGUGUGUCUCCUCAGUUCCCAAACCUUUACUGAGUGUUGUUAAAAGGAAAGGUCAUAUAACACACUGGUAAAAAUGCCUUUUUUGACAUGUGUUACUGCAAUUAAAUUCUAAGUUCAUGAUUAUUUGCAAAAAAAUAUGAAGUUUUUCUGUGUGAACAUAAAAUAUCUUGUCUUUGUAGUAUAUACAAUUGAAUAUAAAUUGAAAAGGAUUUGCAAAUCAUUGUAUUCUUUUUAUUGACCAUUUACACAAUAUGACAACUUCAAUGUGUUUGGCUUUUGUAUCACCACACCAAGCAUACAGUACAUCCAUAAUUAGUACUACACAUAUUUUAUACACCCACAGUAUAGAUACACCUGAUUUGUAGAUCUACAUGUUUAUAGAUCUAUAAUUUGACAACUUGUAUGGAUCAAGAUAUCUAUUCUGUGAUAAAAAGCUGCUGAUUGUUGCAUCCAAAACUUGAAUUCGUUGUCACUUUGAAACAUACUUAAGUGAUCUACUGAUGUAUUUAUUGUUUUAUUUUUUAAUGAAUAAAAUAUUGUCACUCA